AACCCUUUUUUUUGUUUUUCAGACCCGAUUGCACGCAAAGGACUGGACUUUGAUCAAAACUGUUAGACCUGAAAUGGAGUCGAGUUCAUGCAGAAUGAAUCUCCUUCUCUUCACCUCACUGCUGUGUAUCCAAGCCUGCUUUGGGGAUCCAGCAGCACCAGUGUUCCUGAGUAGGUCAGAAGCUAAGCAGAUGCUUCUGCAUCGCUAUCCACGUGCCAACUCAUUCCUGGAGGAGCUGAAACAAGGAAAUCUGGAGCGGGAGUGUUUAGAGGAGAUAUGCUCAUACGAAGAGGCCAAGGAGAUCUUUUCUCGGCCUGAACAGUUGGAUGAGUUCUGGAAGAAGUACACAGAAGUGGACCAAUGUCAACCUGGCCCAUGUGCAAACGGGUCCACUUGUGUCAGUCAGGGCAACACUUAUAUCUGUCUAUGUCCACCUAAAUUCCAGGGACGGAACUGCGACAAAGAAACACUUCCGCACACUUUUUAUGGCUGUCUGUAUAAGAACGGAGGAUGUGAGCACUUCUGCACAGAGGAUGCAGAUUUGGCCCAUCGAUGUCACUGUGCUACUGGCUACAGCCUGGCGGCUGACAACAGAAGCUGUGUGUCACAAGUACCUUUUGCUUGUGGUAAACCGGUGGUGAACCAAAUAGGCCCUAGGAUUGUUAAAGGACAAGUGUGCCCUAAAGGACAAUGUCCUUGGCAGGCAUUACUUAGGCUUGCGGGUGUGUAUAAAUGUGGAGGAGUUAUUCUAAACUCGGAGUGGAUUCUCACAGCAGCUCACUGUGUCUGGCACGCAGAAAAAUCCCAGUUACAAGUGACAGUCGGUGAACACAUCAUUUCUGUAAAAGAGGACACGGAGCAGUUUAGAGGGGUGUCUGAAAUAUUAAUCCAUCCUCUUUACAACUACACAUCCAAUGAUGCUGACAUAGCACUUCUACAUCUGCGCAGGAACAUAUCACUAGGCCCCUACGUCGUGCCCAUCUGCCUUCCUCCAGCACAGGGCACAUUCGGUCGCACGCUAGGUUCGGUGCGCACCUCUGUCGUGAGCGGAUGGGGCCGGCUUUCUCAGCACGGACCUCAGUCCACCGUGCUCCAGCGGCUAGAAGUGCCCCGGGUGCCGCUCGAGAAGUGCCGAGCCCACUCAGGUCUGAGCCUGACCAGCAACAUGCUGUGUGCUGGUUUUAAGGAAGGAGGACGUGACGCCUGUCAAGGGGACAGUGGUGGGCCACUGGUCACCCACUACAACAACAUAUGGUUUUUGACAGGCAUAGUGAGUUGGGGAAAAGGCUGUGCUCGCUCAGAUAUGUACGGCAUCUACACCCGUGUAGCAGUAUUUGUAGAGUGGAUUAUGAACACAGUCGCUGCAGAGUAAAUUAAGUUUUAAAAUCUUAAAACUUAACAUCAGAUGAUUUGGUGCUGUAAAGAUGAUAUACAAACUGUACUGAUACUUAGCUUCACUAUAAAACACUAUCGUUCCCUGAAUAUGUGUGUGUAUAUAUAUUAUAUAUUAUAUAUAAUAUAUAUCAACAAUGAUUUAUUGUACUGUUCUAUUUGCACAACCACUAAUAAAAUGAAUGUUGCUAUUAGAUAUAAGAG